AUGUCGAGAUCCCGUGAGCCCGAGAAGCCCGUCUCCUCUGAAACCACUUCUGGCGAGGAGGAAAACGUCGAUUCCUCGUCUGAGGAUAUCGAAUCUGAGCCCGAAUCGAUCCAGAAGUCUUCCGCACCGCCGGCCGCCGCCAGGAAAUCCCAGACCCGUUCGGCCACAAAUCCCGUCCCAACCGACGAGGAUUCUGGAUCUGAAUCCGAAUCCGAAUCCGAAUCCAACACCAGAAAAAAAUCCCAAUCGAAAGGCAAGGACAAGGCCAUCGCCGCCUCUGCUUCACCGGCCAGAUCUACCAGAAAGCGGGCCGUCGAGGAGGUUAACGGGACGGAGCCCACUGUCACCAAGAAGUCGAAGAACAGCAAGAAGGCUGAACCCGAGGCAUCCGAGAAGAAACAAUUUUUCCAGAGGAUAUGGAGCGAGGCGGACGAAAUCGCCCUCCUGAACGGAAUUAUGCAGUUUAGGGCCGAGAAUAAAUCCGACCCGCAUUAUGAUAUGGACGCCUUUUACGAGUUCAUCAAGAAAGAUUUGCACUUUGACGUGACGAGGAGUCAGCUGAGGGAUAAGAUGUCCAAGAUGAAAAAGAAGUACACAAACAACAAGAGCAAAGGUAAAGGAAGAACCUUUACGAGCCAGCAUGAGCAGGAAGCCUUCGAUCUGUCAGAGAAAGUGUGGGGGACUGAGAAAGAAAAUGGGGUUGAAAAAGCCAAUGGCAGUGGGGCGGACACCAACAAUAUUGAGAGGAGGUAUGAGUUAGGCGACAAUGUUCCAGUCGAAGAGGAGGAAAUUGACAAAGCAUUGAAAAAGCUCGAGAUUGAAGAGAUGGAGGUGUAUGUGAGGCUUUUUGAGGUUAAGACUGAAAAGGCAAAGCUUCUUCUGAAGAUCAUGAAGUCCAGGGGCCAUUGA